GACGGGCGGGUGAUGGCGGCGGGCGGAGCGCGGCCGCGCUGACGGCGCCAAGAUGGCGGCGCUGGGGGACGGGGACUUCGCGGCGCUGCAGAUCCUGCUGAAGGCGCCGUCGAAGGACGCCGUGCGGCAGCUGUGCCAGGAGUGCUUCUCCAGCCCGCCCGCCGCGCUCGGCUCGCUGGCGCAGCGCGCCGGCCCCGGGCUCGCCGUCAGCGCCGAGGAAGCGGAGCAGCUGGUGUCUGCUUUGCGCAACCUCACCAGGCACGUGGUGUACCGCGGCUUGACCAGGGCAGAAGACAUCCUCUGUCUCUUCCCAGAAAACUUCCACCAAAACCUGAAAAAUCUCUUGACUAAGAUUAUCUUGGAGAAUAUCUCUGCUUGGAAGAAUGAAGCACAAGCCAGUCAGAUCUCCCUGCCUCGGCUGGUGGACAUGGACUGGAGGGUGGACAUCAAGACAUCUUCAGACAGCAUCGUAAGAAUGGCAGUCCCUACCUGCCUGCUGCAGUUAAAGAUUCAGGAAGAUGCUGCCUUAUGUGGAAAUAAUCCUGUUGUUUCUGCACUGACUGUGGAACUGAGCAAAGAAACCCUGGACACUAUGUUAGAAGGUCUGGGAAGGAUUCGGGACCAACUUUCUGCUGUUGCAAACAAAUGAGUGCUCAAGGGCAUGGAUUCCAGCAGCAAGGAAGGGAAGUAUUCUCUACCUACAGCUGUCAGAAGUUGCAGCCUAGUGUAACACGUUGUCUAUUUCAGCAAAACAAAACUAAAGAGAUUUCUUUCUUGAAUUAAUGAGAUAGCUUUUGAAAGGCUAACACUCAAAUACUCAUUUGGAUGGAGGCCAAAAAAUGGUUUUCUAUUAUGUUGUUGAACAAAAGCUGUUCACCGUUUCAGAAGAGGAUUUGAGGGCUCAGAGCCUGGCUUAAUCACAAGGGUCAUAACUGGAAACAGCAAAUAGCUGCAGCCAAUGAAGCAAGUUCUAUCUCUGUCCUGAAAUGAGAAUCUGAAAGGCUCAAGCUGGGUAAUGGGCUGCCUUCCAACAAAGGGAGGGUGCUUCUCUCUGGGAUGUGCAUGUACUGAGGUGCCUGCUGGAUGUAGCACUCUCUCCCUCUCAGUGAAGCACAGCCGUGCUGCAGAUUGUUAUUACAGGAUGAUGCACUGAAAUAGGGCAGUUAUGUUACAACACAUUCCAUUCUGAUCAGCUUCACAGCACCAUUUGCAAAGUGACUGUUCUGAACAUCUUUAGCAGGAACUAAUUUCCUCCUUCUGUUUGUAAAGAAAAAAAGGAGAUCAGGUAAUUCAUGUUUGGGGCUUAUUGGACUCUGGGUUUCGUCUUUGCUGCACAAAAACCAAACUGGGAGAAUAAAGAAUUGAAGACUGUUUGCUGUAGGAAACCCCUCUGUGGCAAUAUGUGCCUAUACUUCUUGAAAGUGUUCUGUUCUUUGUGUAAAUUUUCAUUUAAUUAAAGAAUGAACUGCUAAUUGAUUUUGUGAAUCCUUUUUCAGUCUGGAAGAGAUGUCCUGGGUUACCUCAGCCUCUUUGUGAUGGUGCAGAGUUUCUAGGCUGAUUUAAUGGAUGUUUGUGUUUGUUGCUGAAGAAGGAGCUUUUGUUUCCUAUUUAAAUUGAUUCAUGUUUGAAACUUCCUUCUCUUCAUUGUAAUAAAGUUUCAGGGCACCUCUUUCCGUGGGCAUCACCUCUGUACAAUAUUACAGGUUUACCCUGACCUAGAAGUUUAUAAAUAUGUGUGCAUUGUGAGUGUGGAGGAGUUAAAUGCAGAAAAUCAACAAAAUUCAAUUUCUUCUUUCCAAUGAGCUUCUAUGGAAGUCUGUAUCCAGAUGUGUUUAUGACAAAAUCCAGUCUUUCCUGCAACACUGGGCUCUCCUUCAAGACACAAAACAUUGUUUGUUGUGUUUGGAAACACAAAGUCAUUCAAGUGUGCAUAAACUACAAGAAUUUUGUUAGUUAAUUCUGCACAUCCCCCCAAAGCGCGGGCUAGAGUGAAAGUGUAAGUGAAGGCUGUGCCUUUAGAAUAUAAUGGUGAAAUGCAGCUCAUGCAUCAAGAUGAACUGUGUGGCAAGUCCCUGGUUAAUGUUAUAAUGCUUAGUAUGGUAUCAAGGCAAACUGGUACAUUUCAUGUAUAAUAGGGACACCUCAAUGGAGGAGAUGGAUAUUUAAGAGUAUGUUCUGUAAGAGUCAAGCUGUGAAAAACAUCUCUGACAGUACUUCAGUUUGAGGAAAUUUUGUUGCCUUUGCAGCCUAGCCUUAAAAAACAUAAAUAUGUUUUAUAUGCUAAGAAUCACUGAAGAGGUAAACAAUUCAGGAUGAAGUACUGUAGUGAUAGGGGAGCUGAGGAAGUCAAAACACAGAGGAAAACCUUGAGGUAAAUACUGAAGUUAUAGUCAAAACGUAGGGUCCAAUGCAAUGAAGAACUGAUGGUUGUUCUCACGUAAAACAAUUAUACAACUAUAGAAUAGUUGUAAAGAAAAGGAAGAUUUAAAACUGAAAAGGUUUUCUGGUGGCGGAGUGGAGCUUUCUGCAGGUAGCUAAAAGUUGCUUGGGGAGUCUUAACAAAAACGAGUGUGCCCACUGGACCAGAGACAUACCAAACAUCUGGUGCAAGAAAAUACUGGUAUUUUCUAGACCAGUAUUUAGGAUGCUGUGAGAGCUUGCCUUCAAAUCUUUGCCUAAAUUGUUAGGUAUUUUAUUGUGGACUCUUAUCUCCUUAGCCAGAAGAGCUGAGACUGCUCAGAAAAAGGUACAUAAAACAAAGGAGGCUGAGUAGGACUGUCAUUACCCAGACAGCAGGAGAACUUCACAUUAAAGUCCUUUUUAUGGAGACUGCUACACAGAAAAAAUAAAUUGCUUGCUACUGCAGGCAACCAUAUGUGAUCUUUUUCAUAAAAUUAUUGCUCUCUUAAAAUGAGUUAGAUUUUCAUCCUCCCUCCACAUAUUGCUGCUAUUUGGUAGAGCUAGCCUAAGAGAUGAUGAAUUCAUCUCUUCUCCGUUACCAGAUUGUUACUGUGCCAACACUGUCCUCUUUUGCUUACUUCUUUCUUGUCUUUCCAUUUUUCUGUCCUACUUAAGCAGUAAAAUCCCUCCACUUCUGAUGACUAAGCCUUGUAAGCUCUAUAUUCUGUGCCUUUCAGAAUUGCAGUGGUCAUUCUUCACUUAACAGUUUGCAUCUCCCUUGAAUGGGGUCAUCACCACAAGUGUUUCUGGAGGAUUGUCCAAGGACAUUACUAAAGAAUAAACUGUCAAAGUAUGUGAAUCACCUGAAUGAACUCCUGCCAGGAAACCAUAAACCUUCAUUGUGAAGUGGAGCUUAAAAGCGCCAUCCUCAAACACAUUCUAGUGUUUGAGAAACAGAAAAUUCGUUUUCUACAUGUACACUUGGUAAUGGUGCUAAUUCAGUUACAGUAACCAAAACAGUGAUAAAUUUAUUUGUAAAACACAGUAUGCAAGUGAAAUUCAAAUUGUAAUUUCACAAUCAGACAUUGUGUUGAAUCUGACUGUGUCAAAGUGUUGCAAAAAGCAUUACAAAC